CAGUACAUGGCUCAGUGGGCGGAAUAUGACCUGCCAUCGGCUAGGAAUUGAGGCUUUGAGCUUUGGAACCUCAAUCCAUCAUAUCAGCAUGGCAAGCAGCGCGUCCGAUUUGCAUUCCGAUUGCACACAACUCGACGCAUCAAAUUUCUAUGUUGGUGUGUAACACGGAGAUUGUCGCUGAUUUCAGCCUCGAGAUCCCCGUAAACAGACACAUUGUCGACUUGCUACCCGUCAAACUUUGCCCCGCGCGCCGCAUUCUCUGUCUCUCUCCAGAGUUGGUGUCGAUCACGCACCUUCAGCCGACCGCGGCGCCCGUCGCGACUUUACGAACACCCAGAUGGCUUCCCGGCAGCGCCAAGGUCGCCCGCCGGGCUCAGACCAGCGACGCGCUUCCGUCUCUCCUGACCAGCCCUCGCUGUCGCAGGCCGGAUCCGACCACGAUUCCUCCCUCUCGGACGCACCACAGUUCUACAACACAACCUUCUCCGUACACCGCGUCUCGCCCCUAUACUUAGGCAAGGAGGCGCUCACGGCUGUACGGCUGCAGGCCCUCGCCCACCGCCUGCGCGACACGCUCGUGGGGGAUGUCGUGCGCGGAGUCGAGGUGGGACUCGGCCACUUUGACGGCGAGGACGCCCUCAUGGGCCGCGCCGGCGCGCUAGAGAUAGUCGAGAUGCGCUGGGCCACCGUGGCGUCGGUAUUAGACAUACCACCCCCCGACAGUGACGAUGGCGUGCUUGGUGGCAGCGGUCCUGCUGCCAUUCAGCACUGGUCAGCGGCUGAUUGGUCGCGCAAUCUCGCCGCGUCCGGCGCGCGGAAUGCGUUGCACAUUUCAUUGCGCUACGAGGCUGCAGAAUGCACUGCGCUGCUGCUGCCGCCGCUCACACGAACGGCAUCGGGGACGGGAGAUGGCGGUGACGCAGGGGCCCUGCCGGGAAACGAGGCAUUGUUUUCGGUUGCCGGCACAGCAGGAGAACAUGGCAAGCUCGCAGCCGACCCGCAACACUUCCUCGCCAUGCCGCUGCUCCUGCUACGCAUGCCGGCGCCGCUGAAAGGCGUUGUCGGCGACUUCCUCGCCACGACGUUCGACUGUCGCGUCAGCACUCUGCGGCUCGGCACGCGCAGCCUCGUGCGCAGCUGGGAGUCGUGGAUCAAGACGGUCGGCACACCGUCUCGCGGGCCGCUUGCCAAGGACGUCGUGCUCAGCCUCGGUUUCCACCUCCCCUCGCCAGCCCCUGGCAGCGAGAAACCGCCCCCCGACGACCAGGCGGAGAACGGUGCCGCUGCGGCUCAUCCGCUGGGCCUCAGGUCCGUCGACAUCAUUGUCCCUGCGUCAGAGCUGCGCAAGUUCGUGGAUGCCGGCAGCGCUCGCGCAACGCCGGAGACGAAACGAAAGGUCCAGGCUGGCGCCGGGUGGGCAUGGGAAGACGACCUGAAAAAGCGGAGGAAACUCGCGGGCCGCCUCCACGAGGAGGGCUGGGAGUGGCGGAAAACACCCGAACCGUCAGACACAGCCAAACCGGCGGCGGCGAACAGUGGUGCCGAAACCCAGCCGUUCACAGAAGCCCUGGGCUGCUACCUCGACCAGCAUCUCGGGCUGAACCUGUUCUACCCGGGCGUCAGGGUCACCAAGAUAGCCUGUGGCGGGUUUGUCAUGUCCGAGGGCCGGCUGAAGGUGUUUCCGCCGCCUGCCGGCCCGGGCGAUGCGGCAGCGGAUGAUGAUGCGGAGACGCCCUCGCCUAGGAAUGGCCAGAUACGCGCCGCACGUGAUGCGUUCCGCAGAGGACAUUGGGGUUCCGUGUGUUUACCGGAUGGUAAUGAGAUGGGGAGGGCGUAUCUGGCUUAUUUUGAUACCCAUACGUUUAACGAUUUUAAUGACGUUAUAUCGGUUUGCUACUUCCCGUCCCGUCUGCGUUGAGGCGCGAGCAUGGUCCACGAGGGCAGCCUUAGGCGCCUUGGCUUUUUUAGCCUCCGUCUGAUCGUCGGUGGGCGCACCACGCGGUCGACUGGGUUUAUAAGAAGUUUUUCAGCCUCUAACAGUAACCACAAAUCUUCUCAGUGAAAUUGACUCAGUAGUGUAGGCGGUUAUCACGCGGGGUGGAAAAAGUGUUGGUGGGAGCCGGUCCUGAAGGCUGAAGGCCGUACCUCCGUAGACUCUGAUACCGAUAAUUACCGUAGAACGUAAUUACCCCCGUAACCACCCAUCGAUGACCGGCACACGAUUGGACAAUAGCGCGGCGGAUACGAUACUGAACGGCGGCCGGAAAUAAUAGGCGAUUCCUUGCGGGCGGAAGCGAAUACGGAUACCUGCGACAAAACGUAUCGACUUUCUAGAGUACGUCAAAUUCACUUGCCACCCGAGAAGAC